CGAUGUAAUAGGGAUAUCAAACUAUUUGGAAAACUUACAGUCGCUGACGAAACACAGGACGUAAGCAACUAGAAAAAGCUGAAGCAUCGAGAAUGUUCGCGGUGGCGUUAGUGUGCAUCGCGUGCGCAGCGUACUGGGCGUGGUUACGCAUGCGUAAUGCCACCGAGCCACCCUUCUUCCCAGGAGGAUGGCCCAUCGUGGGACAUGCACCACAACUACUUGGAGAUAGUUGUAAACUAUGGGACGGCAUCAAUGACCUAGCGAGACAGAGCUACGACAUUGGAGGAGUGGUGUCGGCCAGCAUUGGACCACGCACCGUGUACAUUGUAACCGACCCAGACGACAGUUUCACUAUAGCGAACACGUGCUUGGAGAAGGACGGGUUCUACGACUUCGCUAAACCGUGGCUAGGCGAGGGUCUAGUCACUGGGAAAUAUUCAAUAUGGAAGAAUCAUCGAAAAUUCUUAAAUCCAGCGUUCAGUCAGAUACUGCUGGACACAUUCAUGGGAGUCUUCAACAGUCAGUCCAGGAAGCUGGUGAAGGAACUGGAGAAGGAGGCUGGGAAGGGUCUCUUUGAUCACUGGACUUAUACACGACAUAAUGCCUUGGAGACUAUUUGCUUGACAGCGUUAGGAGUGGACUUCACAGACUCGAACCUGAACAGCCAGUACGUGGAGGCGACGGAGGUGAUCCUGAACACCAUCGUAGAGCGGUUUAUGAAGUUCUGGUGGCACAGUCCUUACACCUUCGCAUGGAGUAACGUGAAGAAGAAGCAGGACGAGUGUUUGAAGAUAUUGCACAACAUGUCUAACAUGGUGCUGCAAAGAAGGAAAUUCGAGUUCAAUGGAAAUGUUUGCGCUGAGAGAAGUAUUAUACCUGGAACCAGGUUCAAAGCUUUUAUGGAUCUCCUUUUAGAGCUGUCUGUUGAGAAGGGAGUAUUCAACGACAGAGAGAUCCGAGAGCACGUGGACACUAUGAUAGUUGGCGGCCAUGACACCUCCGCUAACGUGCUCAUGUUCACCAUGAUACUCCUUGGGUCACAUCCUGAGGUUCAAGAGAAGGCUUACGCUGAAGUACAAGAAGUUCUAGGAGGUGACAGAGACGUGGAGAAGACAGAUCUGUCUCAGAUGGUGUACUUGGAAGCUGUGCUGAAGGAAAGCAUGAGAAUAUUCACCAUCGUACCAGUGCUUGCUAGGAAACUCGACAAGGAUGUUAAACUGAAAAACUACACCCUCUCUGCUGGUCGAACCUGCUUCCUAUUCGUGUUUGGACUGCACAAGCAUCCGAUCUGGGGCCCAGACGUGAACGAGUUCAUACCGGAACGCUGGUUGGAGCCGGGCAGACUGCCUGACAAUCCUAAUGCGUUUGCUGCUUUCAGUGUCGGGAGACGACAGUGUAUAGGGAAGGCGUACGCGCUAAUGUCUAUGAAGACGACCUUGGCUCACUUGGUCCGCAGUUACAAGAUCAAGGCAGACCACACGAAGGUGAGGCUCAAGCUGGACGUCAUGCUGAAACCAGAUUCAGGUCACUGUGUUAGCAUCGAGAAGAGGACGUAGCGCGUAGUGUACCUACAGUCAGCUAAGCUAUUAAUUGAGUACACAGAAUAAAAUAUAGGUUCGUUACAAAGCAUGCAAUUUAGUGUCAUAGUAGCUACCGUCCUUGUACUGAAGCAAUCUUUUGUCUUACCUAGAAAUUUGACUGCAUGUAAAUGAAAGAAAAAGAUUCAGUCACUAUUAGGAUCACAUCCAUCGCCAUACUGCGACAUUUAACACAUUACGGUAUCAAAGUAUCAUUCGCUAGUUAGUACGCGAUUAUAUACACUGCUGAUGUGCAUGCGUAUCGUUUAGAUUUAGGUAAAUGGAUGCUAUUCUUAAUCAAAAAUAAAUUAUUUCGACUGUUCAAUAUAAUAAAAUAUUUCAA